AACACUGAGAUGUCGGACAUGGAAGUCAUUUCCGGACCUGGAAAAAUGGGUCUCCGUUAGAGCCGCAGAUAUAUGGCGGAGCUGGAAGAUGUGCUGCAGUUUGUGGGCAGAGACCCUCACGGUGUUGGUCAGUCUGACGCUCAGAGCCGCUUCAGAUUCAAUAACAACAAAUGGUGGGAGCUUAAUCCGUGACCUGGGUGAUGAUACGCAGCUGGUUUGUCAUGUCAACACAAAACAGGUUGUUUCACAACUCACCUGGCAACGAAAGAGAGAUGAACAAUUUAUCAACUUUUUCAUCAUUGUUUUCUCAAAUGGGCGGAAUCAACACUUUGAUGACAAUUUUGGUGGCAGAAUGAGUUUCGUUGGACAAGGAGAAAGGAAUGGAACAAUGGAAUUGAAAAAUAUUACGCUAAAUGAUGACGGAAUUUACAAAUGCAUUUUCACCUUAUUCCCACAUGGUCUUCUGCAGGAAACGUUAAGUUUAAGCGUAAGAGUUCCUCCCAUUAUUGUAAUAGAACCGUAUCCAGACAUCCCUGUGGCUGACAGUGGAGAAAGCAACAUAGCCACCUGUCUAGCAAAAAAUGCCAAACCAGGAGCUACCAUCAACUGGGAAAGUCCUUUUCAUUUCAGUUUUACUCAGAGUGCCACACCUCCUGCUCCUAAUGGGACUGUAACCGUCUCAAGCCCACUUCGUCUAUCUCCAACUAGAGAGAUGAAUGGACAGCACGUUUACUGCGUAGUGGAACAUCCAGCACUGAAGUCUCCUGAAAUAUUGGAUUAUAAGCUAAAUAUUCACUAUAUGAAAUCGGUUACCAUUACAGCUGUGAAGACUGAGCAAGAAAGCUUGCAGCUGAAAUGUUUUGCAGAUGCUAACCCUUCACCUAUAACUUAUACUUGGACAAAAGAGAAUGAUUCAUUCCCAAAAUCCAUCACGGAACAAGAAGAUGGGAUACUUACACUGCCUAGGAUGACUCCUGACCUUGCCGGGCUGUACGCGUGUGAAACGUAUAACAAAGUUGGCUCUGCUAAAGCUUUUCUAUAUCUGUAUGCAGAUCAUUUCACACAACGCCAACACUUUAUGAUUUAUGUCAUAAUUGUGCUGCUCCUAUUUGUGAUAAUUGCUCUCAGCUUUUUUCUUCAUAAGAAAAUCUCAUCAACAAGAAAUGACACACCAUCUCAACAAGCUGCACCUUUACAGCAACUUGAAAAUAGGAAAGAGGAUCAGGAUGAAGAUACCUAAAAUCUACCAGAUGAAAUUGGAUCACAGUCAAGACAAGAAUCAGAAGCAUCCUCUGUCUGAAAGCUUGAAAACUAGGAAAAUGUCUCUUCCUCCAAAAGAUCAGGUUUAAAACCUGAAAACAGAAGUAAAAGUUUUGAAAGUACUACAGGAA